UUACCAAACAUAGCUUACUGAGUUAGGUCUUCUCAUAGUUCGUUUACACUGGUUGCUUCGGUUUGAUUUCGUGUUCGAUUCUAUCUACCGAGUUAAUAGGUGAACCGGUGAUUUAGACCGAACACAUUCAAAUAUAGAAACCAAAAUAGGCCCAAUAAAGGUUGGUUCGGUUUGGAUCGGGCUCCAUCGGGUUGAUCCAUUCCGGUUCGGUUUGGAUAUUGAUAUCCCUUCCUGAUUGAUAGCCCCAAGAUCCCAUCUAAUACCGUACGCCAUCGAGAAAUACAGAGGGCUGUCUUAACGCAGCGGGGCCCACACAUGCAGCGGAUGCUCUUGGGAUCCUGUCCUUCUCCCUUGUGUAUUGGUUACAUCACAGAUCCGCAGAGAACAGGCACCGCAGAGGGUGUCCCCCGCUUCUCCAACCCUAACCCCAACCGGCUUCCCCUCUCCGGCGUAACCAGCUAGUCCAGUGACGGAAAACCCUCCUCUCUCUUUAGAUAUCUAUCUUAACCCAAGUCACGAAACCCCCUUUUACUCUCCGUAGCACUGUAGCAGUUUGGGCUACGGAAACCCUAACCUCCGUUCCCUGCGGCAAGUUUUAGAGCCGGCCUACGGAAGCUCUUUUGGCAGGACUCCCUCUGGUUUGAAGGUUUCUUGCUUUUCCCUCUCAAAUGAAAUUUGAAUGUGUCAGGGCUGAUGGCUGAUUGAUAGUGGGUGAUAGACCAAAAUUCAGGUCAUUGAUUUUUUAACAUACAUUCCAGUAUAUAAUCAUUGAAGUAGGUUCUUUUUCUUGCUAUCUUCAUAGUACAAUUUUCUGUACGUAUUUGCAUCAAGAUCUUCUUAAUCUUGUUUCUGAUUUGGUGAGGAAGAUUAUGUUCAUUAAUGCUGCUUUUGUUGUAAUAUCUGUCUAUUAUUAGUUUGUUAGGUGGUGGAAAUUUUUAAUUUGUUAUGAUGUUGGUCAUAAAACAAGUUACUUUUGAUUGUAUAGUGAUAUUCCUCUUUCUCCAUUCAGGAUUUCAGGAUUUUGCAUAUGCUAACUCUGUAAGUGUUUAGCAGCCACUUUACCAUAUAACUUUCAGUUGUUUGCUUGAUAAGUUCUUUUUCCUUUGGCUUUAACAGAUCCAGAUACUAAGCUUAGGAGCUUGGAAUUUAGGUUUUGACGUUUGAUCCCUACUUGAAUCAAUUAUUUAUAUUUUCAAUAAUGGAACAAAUUCUUGGUUCAUUCAUACUAUCAGGAUUAGGAGAAAUUGUGUGGUGAAGGAAAGAUCCUCGAUGACCUUGUUUCUUCAUUAUAGAUGCAGAGAAUGUCAAUGGAUGUUGGGGUCAAUAGUAAGUUGGUCAGUCCACAAAAUGAAAAUGUGGAGACUGAAAUUCAAACAUCAAGUAGAUUGGAAGUUGACCAAGGGGAGGAGGAAUGUCACACAGCAGGCCUUUAUGAUGAUGAUGGAUUGCCGGAUUACACUCAUCCAUUUGAAGAUACAAGCAAAGAUUUAAUUCAUUCAAAAGUUCUCAAAGAAUGGAUACCAGAAGUUGGUAUGGAAUUUGAUUCAGAGCUGGCUGCUUAUGAAUUUUAUAGUAGAUAUGCUGGAGCUGUGGGUUUUAAUGUUAGAAGAGAUAGCGCACACAGAAACAAAGAUGGUGCAUUUAGAGAUAGAGUAUUUUGUUGUUCUUGUCAAGGCCAUCGCCAACCAGAUAAAAGAGAUAGAGAUAUCAGGAAUCAUCGGCCAGUUACAAGAUUUGGUUGUUUGGCCAGGAUGAAGAUUGUGCUUCAAAAGAAUGGUAAAUUGCAUGUUACCCAGUUUCUAGAAGACCAUACUCAUAAAACUGAACCCCCUAGUAAGGCACACUUGUUCAAGUUGCAAAGAAAUUCAAGUGUUGCCCAUGCUGCUGAAGCUAAUUUAACGCAUGACUCUGGCGCAGCACCUUCUGCAGUUUUGGAAGAGACAAUUGAUCUUUAUCAAAUGGAUAACAAAAAUUAUUUGCAUUCUAAGCGGAUGAUGCAAAUACGGGUUGGAGAUACAGGAAGUGUCUUACAAUAUCUCCAACAAAUGCAAUUGGAAGAUCCAGCCUUUUUUUAUGCAAUACAAGUGGACGAGGAUGAUUUAAUGACCAACAUUUUUUGGGCAGACUCAAGGAUGGUGUUGGAUUAUACUCAUUUUGGUGACGUGGUUUGCUUGGACACAACAUAUCGGAAUACUAAAGAUUGUCGGCCUUUUUCACUAUUCCUCGGAGUGAAUCACCAUAAGAAAAUUGUCAUAUUUGGUGUUGCACUGUUGUAUGAUGAAUCAAUUGAUACUUUUAGCUGGUUAUUUGAUACUUUUUUCAAGGCAAUGUCGGGGAAAAAGCCAAAGACCAUACUUACAGAUCAAGAUGCUUCGGUUGGUAAGGCAAUAUCAACCGAACUGCCAGAAAUUAAUCAUCGUCUCUGUGUAUGGCAGGUGCAUCAAAAUGCCAUUAAACUUCUUAAACUAUUUCGAGUUUCCAGUACUUUUGCCCAAGAUUUUAGUAGUUGCAUGUAUGACCAUGAGGACGAGAAGGACUUUUUAAAUGCAUGGAAUUUGUUGUUUGAACGGUAUGAGUUUCAUCCUUCAGAAAAAGAAUGGUUGCAAAGGUUGUUUGAGAUAAAAGAGAAAUGGGCUUUAGCGUAUGGACGAGAAACAUUUUGUGGGGACAUAACCUCUGCACAACAGAGUGAAUCUUUUAAUAAGAGACUGAAGGAGUAUGUUAGCUAUAAGCAUCAUAUGCUGCAAUCUUUUUGGCAUUUCCAGAGGUUGAUGGAAAAGAGACGAUAUGAAGAGUUGAAGGAUGACUUCAGGGCAAAUCGAUGUACUCCGACAUUGGCAUUUCCAGUGGAGAUGUUGAAGCAUGCAGCGAGUUUAUACACACCUGAAUUAUUUGAAAAUUUCCAGGAUCAGUUUGGGCAAACUUGGUCUUAUGAUCUGCACAAGUGUGGUGAGGUAGGGACAAUGACUGAGUACAAAUUAAUCCAUCAUGAGAAGCAAAAUCAGUACAUUGUUACAUUUAAUACUUCAGAUGACACAGUUGUUUGUAGUUGUAAGAAGUUUGAAUUUGUAGGGAUUUUAUGUUCCCAUGCUUUGAAAGUUCUUGGCUACAGAAAUUUUAGGAAGGUCCCACCCCAAUACAUAUUAAAGAGGUGGACAAAAGGUGCAAAAAUUGGAGUUGUUGGAGUUACAAAUGGCUUGACCACCCGGGGUGACCCAAAGGUAGAAUUCGGAAGGCGUUACAAAGAUUUGCUUCUAAUGUGUGUUCAGUUAGCAACAAAAUCUGCUGAGUCUGAAGAAAAAUAUGCUGUUGCUGCUUCUUAUGUUGAGAAGGCAGUUAAAGCAAUGGAAGGAAUGGGAUAUAAAGCUUUAGAUAAACCUUCAACUGGUAGUACAGAUGGUGCAGAAAGUGUGUGCGACCUAAAUAGAACUGUUCCUGUUGAAGGUAUAGAUGUUUCUGUUGAUUGUAUAGAGAGCACCCAUAGUGAUGAUGACAGUAAUAGAGUAAGUUAUGUCAAUACAGAAGCACCCAUUGUAGUGACAAGCAUGAAAACUAAGGAAAUAGGUGCCACUGGUUCUAUUAAAAGGCCAAAGAAUUCGGACGAUAAAACUCUUACAGGGGAUAUAACUAUGAAUGAACCCAUUGCUGUACCAAAUUCAACACAUUCUUUGCCAUGUUUUCCAGUUGAGUGCUAUUCAAGUUCAUUGCCUCCACCAACUCAGUUUAUUCAGGGGUCUCAUGGUUUCCAAGCAAAUCUCUCAAGUGGUCAUUAUAUUAUUGGUAGCCCAUAUCCGCCAUCUGGACCUAACAUGACUCCAUUUAUUCAGCCAUCUGAUCCAAGCAUUGUCUACCAACGUAAUCCCAACACUGUCUACCAUCAAUCUAACCAAAAGCACUGAUUAAUUUGAGUUUCUUGCGAUUAAUCGAGUUGCCCAGAUAGGUGUGGAUACGAACAGUUUCCUCACAGCAAUGGGGAAACUUAACAUCAAAAGGGAAGUACAAGGAAACCAAAGCCUUGCUAUUCAGACUAUAACUUAUAGCACAGUUGAUGUGGAAGUGAGGACCUGCCAUGAUAUAUGGCAGUCCAAGGAUGGACCAAAAAUAAAGUGUUUGUGGGGUCUGCAUGAAUUUUGUUUGAGUAGGACUGGAGCAUUGACUCAAAAUCAUUGUAGUUUCUGAAAGAUGCAUUGAAUCCCACCAAAUCAGACGCAUCCAGAUGUACCUCUGGAUAUUUUAAGGGCUUGGCCAUUGUUGCUGUGGUUUGAGUUAUGCAUCUUCUUUGUCUCCUUAUAUUGUUGACCGUACGUGCUUACCAGAAGAGGUAAGAGAAGCUACGCUGAGUCUGAUGAGUUAAGAACCCUGAAAAUGAAGCAUGUGGAAUUAAAAGAGGCCUACCUCUGGUACAAUGUUGACAUUCACUCUGAAGGUGAAGACUGAGCCACUAGUUUAAAUUUCAGAGAGAGGUUUAUCAUCAUUAGUGAUGUUAUGUCCUUUUUGUGAUGCUACCAUUUACUGUAUGAGCAGACUGAAUGGAAACUGGUACUUCCUAAUUCUGUUGUACUAUUAUGUAAAUAGAGCUGAUGUUGCUUUCAAGCACAUUAAUAUAAGUCAUAUAAUUUAGGAGUUGGUUAAAAAAAAAUGAAGGUUUAUUUUUUUCGGUAGAAACAUAAGGUUUCACUUUCAUAGAGAAAAGAGGGGAAAUGAAUAGUGGGACUUGAUUUUUUCUCA